UUGCCAAGAGACGCCCCUCGGCUAUACCAAGCGGAUUUGGAUAAAGCCACCCUUUUCUUAUACAUCUCCGACUCCCAGUCCGCUUUGGACCUACCCUACACUUCGAAACUUCCCUACACCUAUGUAUAUAAAUACAUAUUCCCUCUCAAAACCAAACCACCGAAAAGCCUUGGCUUUAACCCCAUAUCUCGUUCGCUUCUAAUUAAACUGUGAACCAUGAAUUCUCUCUUGACACUCCCCCUCUCCGGUCAAGAACAUCUUAUCGAGAAACUCGAAGCUUUCAAGAUCGAAGGACGCGACAAAAAGGGUCAUAAGGUGCUCCGCAUCAUCGGUAGACUUUUUCCAGCUCGGCUUGUGAGUACGGAGGCUUUCCAGAAGUAUUUGGGGGAGAAGAUUUUUGCCAACUUAGAGGAGCGGCCGUUCUCAGUGGUGUACGUGCACACGGGUGUGCAGAGAGCCGAAAAUUUUCCCGGAAUCUCGACCCUAAGGUCAAUCUAUGAGGCUAUUCCGACCAACAUCAGAAAAAAUCUAGAGGCUGUUUAUUUCGUACACCCGGGACUGCAGGCCAGACUCUUCCUUGCCACCUUUGGGCGUUUGAUUUUCAGCGGAGGGUUGUAUUGGAAGCUCAAAUACGUGAACAGGGUGGAGUUUCUGUGGGACCACGUGAGAAGGAACGAAAUUGAGAUACCAGAAUUUGUAUAUGAACAUGACGAGGAGCUGGAGUACCGUCCGUUUAUGGACUACGGGUUGGAGAGCGAUCACCCUCGAGUCAACGGCGCACCCUCGGUAGACUCUCAGGUGCCCAUUUACUCCUUGAGGUGUAUUGCAUGAUAAGAUGAUAGGGUCCCCUACGGCGGGCCUUCUCGUUUGAAGCAGGAUGGAUGUACAUGUGAAUGUGUCCUCUCUUUCCCUUUUUUCUUCUUUUUUCCCCGUUUCCCUUUUGGAAGAAUAUAGGAAUCUAGGACCUUUUAUCAUACUGUACAAAGUACUAACAUUAAAAGUUGAAGAAAAAUAUAAUAUGAUUAUGAAAUAUGUUUAUUAAA